AUGUCUUCCAAACCAGCCGUCAUAUCCGUCAUCGGCUCCCUAAACGUCGACCUCGUAACCCGUACAGCUCGCGUCCCCGUCGGCGGCGAAACGCUAACCAGUGAAUCCUUCAACAUUGGCUGGGGUGGGAAAGGCGCAAACCAAGCCGUCGCAUGUGCGCGUCUCUCUCGCACCAAAGCGCAAGCUUCUUCGUCCCAGGACUCCGAUGUUGAGGUCAGGAUGGUGGGUGCAGUUGGUGACGACGAGUUCCACGAGGGGUUCUUGAAAGCUCUACGAGAAGAUGGAUUGUCGACGGAGAAAGUGCAGAUUCUCAAAGGAAAAAAGACGGGUGUUGCUGUCAUCAUCGUCGAAACGGGGUCGGGAGAGAACAGGAUUAUGUUUUGCCCUGGUGCCAAUGGCGAUGUUGAGGUGCAGGAUCUUGUGGAUGAGGAUGCGGGGGUUGCGCUUUUCCAGCUGGAAUUGCCGUUGCAGGUUGUACUGCAUAAUAUGAAGACGGCGAGGGAGAAGGGCGUUGAGACUAUUAUUAAUCCUGCGCCUGCGGUGCCGUUGCCGGAUGAUGCGUAUCAUGGGCUGGGUCAUCUUAUCGUUAAUGAGACGGAAGCGAUGAUCCUGUCGGGGAUCGAAAAGCCGAGUUCGUGGGAUGAGGUUGCUGCUGUGUUUAUUGCGAGGGGGGUUAAGAAUGUUAUUAUUACACUUGGUGGCGAGGGCGUGUUCUACAAGACGGCAAAGCAACAGGAGUCGUCUCAGCAAGGUCAUGUUGUACCAGCACGAAAAGUCAAAGUUGUUGACACAACAGCCGCAGGCGACACGUUUGCGGGCGCCUACACUGUUGCCGUCGCGCGUUGGAAAGCAAUGGCACGGGGAGCGGACUUUGAUCUCGACGCUGCAAUUGCGCAUGCCAAUAGAGCGGCAUCAAUGACAGUGCAGAAAGCGGGAGCACAGUCGAGUAUACCAUGGGCGGAUGAAGUACCAGAGUCAUAA